UCAGCGAGUACACGUUGACUCAGCUCAAUGAAAUGCUAGAGGACGACGAGAAACUUACCAAAAUGAUUCAAGAGAUGGACGAGACAUACAAAGGAAUCAAAACUACAUUCCUUGGUAUACCACGGUGAUAACAAGACAAGACAUAGACCCCAAACAACAAUACUGUCAAAGGAGAGAAAACCUAAUGUUAACUUCAACCUAAUACUGCAGUGACAUUAAUCAGAUGCAGGAAGUACAGCAGAGCAAAGAGAAAACACUUGUUAGCAACAGAACCCUGGCAGAGGAAAACCUUACCCUCCAACCUGGACUGGAGCUCAAGAAAGAGAGACUCAUCAAGAGAUAUGGCUGCCUUCAAGAAAACUUUGAGGCCUAUCAGCUGCGCAAGUCGACUCUAGAUCACAAAUCAGGAAACACAUCGCUGGACAUUCUUUUGGCUCUACUGCAGGCAGAAGGAGCCAAAAUAGAAGAGGAAACGGAGAAUAUGGCUGAUUCUUUCCUGGAUGGUGACGUGACCCUUGAAGCCUUCAUUGAUUCCUACCAGAACCAGAGGAAAUUGGCACACUUGCGAAGGGUGAAGAUCGAGAAGCUGCAGGAGAUGGUCCUGAAGGGCCAGCAGCUUCCACGGGCAUCGGUAUCUACCUCCCGGUCUCAGGAUAUGUCAGCUGGAGCCAGACCCUCAUCCUCCCAGCUCACUGAGGCGGGCAGUGACUCGUCCCCUCUACUUCAUCCCAUUAGGAAGCCUCCACCUCCUCCAUCCCAGACGGUACCACAACUAAAUCCAGUUCCAACUGUUCCCCCCCAGUCUUCACCCUACUAUGCAGUAUCACCAUAUCCACCAAUUCCUCCCAGAACAGGCCAGCCCUACCCAAAUGUUUCUUCUGGCUAUCCUUUCUUAGCGCAGUACCAACCUGCUCUGCCGCAGAGAACCCCUCCCUCUCGUGUGGCCCCGCAGCCCGGCUUCAUCAUUCAGUGAAGUAAAGCCAUCGCCACUUAAGAGUUUACAGUGUGUGCCAAGGACACUUCGCUACUGGAACUCCUUUGUGAACAUUUUUUUUUUGUGGCGUUUGCCAUCUUUGAUCAUGACCGAUCCCCAGACAGAACCAGCGCUGUAUGCAAUGGUGACUUUCAUCAAAAGUCAAUUUGUAAUUGUGGGGAUAUGUGUGCACCUCUCACUCAACAUUCCCAUCAACACUCCAAAAAACAUGGUGAGAUCAGCCUGACCUUCAUUUGGCCCAAUUCUCCACAGAGGAAGCAUCUAUCUAUUAUAGCCUCUAAUAACACAAGUUGCAGGUGUAUGUAGGCUGUUGAGCUUGUCAUGUAAUGGCACUUUCUGCUUCAAUGCUGUGCCCUCAGCUUUGUAAGCCCAUUAGUUUUUGGUUUUAGUUUUUUGGGUCUCUUCACUCUCUACUGGCCUGCUCCUUAAGCUUUGAUGGAACUCGGGAGGAAACUAGGUUUACUUACUCACUGUUUUACAGUUGCAACAUAUUAAUAUUACUUGUGUAUGUAAGCAGAGAGACCGUAUCUAACUGUGUUUUGACAAAAAUAUCAUUUCCCAGCGUAUAUUCAGUGGGGAAAGCGUCUAUGCUGUGAUUUUUUUUUUAAUAUAUAUAUAUAAACGUUCACAAGGUACAUAGAAAAACAUUUAAUUUCAGCAUCAUUUUAUUAAAUAGCGCAUAAUAGAUUUAUGUUUGAUAAACAAUCAAGACUGAUCAACACGUAUAGAGAAAGCAAUUAAAAGGCAACGUGUCUCAGAAGGUGCGAAUCUGCCUUGUUCAAGAGGGCUGACUUUUGCACUUAGUCCAAUAACAGGGCAGAUGUCAAAAGGGACUCGAAGAAGAUGGGUGGCUGAACUGUUUUAAUGGAUAAUCUGGGCUUUUAGAGCCAAGUCUAUGAUGACGAAUUUCUAUAUUGCCAUACAGUUUAAGUUAAGUUUGUUCAAGUGUCUUUUCUGGAUUCAUUUUGUAGCAAAGAGCUCUGUAUAUCUUUUGUCUUCAACACUCCUUAGUUUGGUCUGGAGCUUCUUCCAACAAUUCAGUUGAUCUCAAAUUUAUUAAGUGGAUCUCAAACUUAUGCUUGUGUUGUCACCCACUGAGCAGCAAAGGCUUCACUCCGUGUUAAAAGUUGUUUUUGUUCAUGCAACCUUUGGUCAGAUGGUCUGCCAUGUGGAAUAUGUGGAUCAAAAACACAUUUGCGCUCAUGCAAAACAGAUUUCUUAAAGAGGGACUUGAAUUCCAAAGCUUGGCUAGUCCUAUGUGUUUCCGUGGUGUCACUAGAACACCACUUUUAACCCAUACUGCUGUUGCUGUGCACUGUUUAAGAGCCGCGAGUGCCUACACGCGUAGUGGCGUCGACCACAUCCUGCUGACUGCUCCGUUUUCUCUAUUCUGCUCACUUGGCCGAUUUGGGAAAUUUGAAAAGAGCAGCUUUUGACUGUCAGGAAUUGUCACUGUCCGCUCUCACAAGAAGCAAAAGGCCAGACGAGUGAGCAUGUGCCAGUGUGACAUCUUCAGCAGACUUUGUGCUGACUGGUGCUUGUGAUCUGUUCCCCACGUUGUGCUGAGGUAUGCCUGGCGUGACUUCAAAUAUUUUUGCAUGUGCUGUUUUUUCUGUUCGUUUUUGUUUCGCUUUUAAACCCAAUGCGUGAAAUAACAGUGCUCUGAAAUAUUGUCAUGUCAGUUGUACUUACCCUCAAGACAAGAGUAUUUAGAAUUGGAAGCUAAAUUAUCAACUUUUUGAUGAAAAAGCGCAUCAAACGAAUAUAGGAUAAUUAUUUUUGUGCAUGGCCUUUGUGCUUAGUCUGAAAACUCCCCUUAACACUUUAGCUCCUAUUCAGCUGACUUGAUACCCGUAACCAUGGUUUUAUUUGUGGUUGGUGAUACUUUCAGUGUACUGUUUUGGUGUUUAUGUACUCUGAAUGUUUAGGUAGAAUUUUAUGCUGUUUUCAAGUUCAAUAAAUCUCAAAUUUUUGUAUUUGUU